AUGGGCUUGAGUUUCUCCAAGUUGUUCAACGACCUUUUUGGCAAAAAGGAAAUGCGUAUUCUUAUGGUCGGUCUUGAUGCCGCCGGUAAAACUACCAUCUUGUAUAAGCUUAAAUUGGGUGAAAUUGUCACCACCAUUCCUACUAUUGGUUUCAACGUCGAAACUGUUGAAUAUAAAAACAUUUCCUUCACUGUUUGGGAUGUAGGAGGACAAGAUAAGAUUCGUCCCCUUUGGAGACACUACUUCCAAAACACUCAAGGUAUCAUCUUCGUCGUCGACUCUAACGAUCGUGACCGUAUUUCAGAAGCUCGUGACGAACUCCAACGUAUGUUGAAUGAAGACGAACUUCGUGACGCACUCUUAUUGGUCUUUGCCAACAAACAAGAUUUACCUAAUGCUAUGAACGCUGCUGAAAUUACCGAUAAGCUUGGUCUUCAUUCUCUUCGUAACAGACGUUGGUACAUUCAAACCACUUGUGCUACUAGCGGUGAUGGUCUUUACGAAGGUUUGGAAUGGUUAUCUACCAACUUGAAGAAGGCGUAA